AAAACGCACCAUUUACACAAGUAAGGAAAGAGCGCAUGGAAAAUAUUUUCGAUAAAGUUACAAAAUGGCUGCAGUUAAAAAUACAGAAGUAAAUAAAAAGGAAAUAAAUGAACAUGACGAAGAGGAGGAAGAAGAGGUUGACGGUGUAGAAGAGAACGAAAACAAAGACCCUGCCAAGAAGAAGAAAAAGAAAAAAAAGAAGAAGAAGGCAGUGGAAAAUGAGGCAGGUGGUGAAAACAAUGUGGAAGGCAAUGAACCUGGCAAAGUCUUGUCAUUGGCUGUGGAAGAACCAAGUCCAGAGGGAGAAGAUAAAAAAAAGAAGAAGAAAAAGAAUAAAAGCAAGUCUGGCAAGGGACCGUCUAAGGAGCAAACAAAUCCCCCAACUAUACCAAUUGCUGAACUGUAUCCUGAUGGUAACUUCCCCGAAGGUCAAAUCAUGGAGCAUGGUAAAGCAGAGGGUAUUGACGAGAGAACAGCAAAGGAUCGCUUCACGAGUGAAGAGAAAAGGGCAUUAGAUAGAAUGCAUCAAGACAUCUAUCAAGAGAUCCGGCAUGCAGCAGAAGCACAUAGACAGACUCGUCAAUACAUCCGCAACUGGAUCAAGCCUGGUAUGACCAUGAUCCAGAUCUGUGAAGAAUUGGAGUCCACAGCUAGACGUCUCAUUGGUGAAGAUGGUUUGAAAGCAGGUCUAGCUUUCCCUACUGGUUGCAGUCGCAACCAUUGUGCUGCUCAUUAUACGCCAAACACAGGUGACGACACAGUCCUUGAAUACGACGACGUGGUGAAGAUAGACUUCGGGACUCACAUCAACGGGCGCAUCAUCGACUGCGCCUUCACGCUGCACUUCAACCCGCGCUACGAUCCUCUAGUGAAGGGCGUGCAAGAAGCCACUGAGGCUGGCAUCAGGGCUUCCGGGAUAGAUGCAAGGCUGUGCGAUGUUGGUGCUGCAGUUCAAGAGGUUAUGGAGUCACAUGAAGUUGAGUUGGAUGGCAAAGUGUAUCAAGUUAAGCCUAUUCGAAACCUGAAUGGUCAUUCUAUUGGGCCUUACCGAAUCCACGCCGGUAAGACCGUGCCCAUAGUGAAAGGCGGUGAAACAACUCGCAUGGAAGAGAAUGAGUUCUACGCGAUCGAGACGUUCGGCUCGACGGGCCGUGGCCAAGUGCACGACGACAUGGACUGCUCGCAUUACAUGAAGAACUUCGAUCAGCAGUUCGUUCCUUUGAGAUUGCAAUCGUCAAAACAGUUGCUGAACUUGAUCAACAAGAACUUUGGCACGUUGGCUUUCUGCAAGCGGUGGCUGGAGCGCGCAGGCGCCUCCCGCUACGCCAUGGCUCUGAAGGACCUCUGCGACAAAGGCGUCGUGGACGCCUACCCCCCUCUGUGCGACAUCAAGGGGUGCUACACUGCGCAGUUCGAACACACGAUCCUUCUCAGACCCACCUGCAAGGAAGUAUUAUCUCGCGGUGACGAUUACUAGCAGUAGUAACGAAACGUACUCCGUAACGGAGUGUUUUAGUCGCAUAAUGUAAAUAUUGCCAUGGAUUUGUAACAUUAACCAGACAAGAGAAAAAGCGCUGUGAAGACUGAUUUGAAAUAGUGAAAAGCAAUAACCAAUUUCUCUCAAUGCCUUAAACUCUUAUGCAAUUUUGUAACGUGAUAUAUAACAGAUUAAUAAAAUAUUAAGUAUUGACAUACAAAACGCACAACAGAUACAAAAUGUGCUGAUUUGCUGACCGGAGACGUGACGCUAUCUUAUUAAUUUAAACGUAGCCAUUUCUCUUUAUCACAUAGAUAAAUAAUUUGUAUUGAUAUGCACAGGCCAUUGUUUAUAAAAAGAUGAAGAGGCUUUAAAUGUUAUAGUAAUCGGAAUUAACAAUGUUUACAAUGAAUACAUAUUUAAGUAUAGAACAUACCGUUGAACUCACGAAAUAAAGAUAUACGUCUUCACGGCUACAAUCUAUGAACUGUAAAUCCCUUUAGGUAUUUCUCAGCUCGUGGACGAUUUACUUAUAUCCAAUCUAUUCUUGUAUGUCCUACUGGCAGUGUUUUAUUAAAUCGUAAGUUGUAUUAGACUUCGCAUUAGAAGUCGAGUAUUUACUUUAUUAUUAUCUAAUUAUUAUGAAUGUUCUUUAAAACCGUGUUAAUGCUUUAUUUUUCAAUUUACCUAAAUGUUUUUCCGCGAU